UUUUGUACAUCGACUGUUACAAAACAAGGCCGACGGAAAAUUGGUUCCCACAGAAGGCAGACCCGCAGAAUCCGAGGGAAACCAGGAAAAAGUAGACUCAGUUCAGUUAGAAUUUACUUAUCUACUCACGUCCCAAUUGGAGGAACAAAGGACUUACUUUGAGGAAAGAAUGGCACAACUGGACAGUCAAGCUGCAGCUGAUAUAAAAAUUUUACGGGAUAAAUUAGGCGCACUUUUUGAAGAAAACAAGCAAUUAAAAGCAAGACUGGCUGAAACAAACAAAGACAAGCAAUCGUUAGAAAGAAAAGUAGCUCAACAAGCAAGCAGGUUGUCUCUUAUCACAAAUGAAUUAAAUGAAGAGAAACAACUGGGAAAAGCCUUGAGAAACAAUCAGCAGCAGUGGCAGAAUAAAAUUACUAAACUUGAAGAAAGUUUGAAUGAAUUGAAGACAACGAAAGAAAAUGAAAUUGCAGAACUAAAAGAACAAAUACGGGAUUUAAUGUUUUACAUAGAUGCCCAACAAGUGAUAGCAAAAUCUGAUAACAAGGACGAAAUAGCAAGUGGAACAGUUACAGUAGGGGAAGCACCUCAACAGCAAUCAAAAAGAAAGCACAGAGGCAAAAAGAAAAGUUAAAAUUUGCACAAGUAUGGAACUAUUGUCUUUGAAAAACUGUCGAUAUAUAUAUAUAGAAACAUUAUGUGGUAUGUGUAAUUUAUUUCAACUUUUUUAUUUAGUAUAUUAAAUUGAAUAUUUGUA